UUCCGGCGCGCAUGCGUAGACUUGACUUCCUUGUGUUGUGCAGGCGCCGUGCAACCCGGAAAGACGACGUUCGGGUAGUACCUAAAGAUGAAUGCUCUGACCAAGGUGAAGCUCAUCAGUGAGCUGAACGAGCGGGAGGUGGAGCUCGGGGUGGCCGAGAAGGUAUCCUGGCACGCCGAAUACAAGGACAGCGCUUGGAUCUUUCUGGGAGGGCUCCCAUAUGAAUUGACUGAAGGCGAUAUCAUCUGUGUGUUUUCUCAAUAUGGCGAAAUUGUUAACAUUAAUCUUGUACGAGAUAAGAAGACUGGAAAAUCCAAAGGAUUCUGUUUUCUUUGCUACGAGGAUCAGAGAAGCACAAUUUUGGCCGUUGAUAAUUUUAAUGGGAUCAAGAUAAGAGGAAGAACCAUUCGAGUGGACCAUGUGGCUAAUUAUAGGCCCCCCAAGGAUUCUCGGAAUCUGGACGAUGUAACCAGAAAGCUCUGGGAGAAGGGCUUUGAGGUUAAAACCCCACCUCCUAGUUCAUCUGAAUCUUCUGAAGAUGAGACGCCCGUGAAAAAGCAUCAGAAAGACAAAAAAGAAAAAAAAAGUAAGAAAAAAGACAAAGAUGUUAAAAUGAGUAUGGAAAAGCAGGAAAUGCCUGCAUCGUCCUCUGUAGCAUCCCGACACAAGAUCAGAAAGGAAAAGGAAGGUGCUGGCUUUGAGAGGUCUGCCACUGUAAGCCUCGAGAAGGGCUCCAGUCCACAUCGGCGAGAAAAUCGUAAAUACUUAAGUGGCUCACCUGUGCUCCCCCGAGGUCAGCUUGACAAAGCAGAGACCUCAAGGAGGGGUUCAAGGAUGGAUAAGCCGUGGUAUAAGAAGUCCUCAAGCAUCUCCAGCAGGAAGGAAAAAAGAUGGAAGGAAAAGAGCAGGUAUCGGGACAGAAGCCGAAGCUAUGAGAAGCGCUUGCGCCACCGUGACGAGCGUUCUGAAAGCAGGUCUAGGAAGAAGCACAAACACAAACCCCAAAGCUUUGAGAAAGACUGUCAUUCCAGGGAUCUGGAACCAUCUUAUUCCAGUCGACACAGGUCCAGUUGAAUGUGGGCCUUAAGCACAAUUUCUGUUAACCUAGAAAUGAAGAUUCAUUUUGAAAAUGAAUCACCUGAGCUAAGCUGUUAUUGUUUCUGUAAAUAGUGUCCUAAAGUGCUCCUAAAUUCCCUUGCUUUCUUGAGUGUUGUAAUCUUGAACUGUAAUUUCCACUGCUGUUGCUGGGGUAGUUUUUUCGUGUUUAGAUUGUGCCCUCUGAAGCCCAGCCAAUGGGAUAAGAGGUAGGGGGCUAGGGAGGGGUUGCGGUUAGAAUCUAUAAAAAUUCUUGCUUGGCUGACACCACCUGUGGUCUUGCAUCGAACUGCCUUUCGGUGUGAGUCGCCCUUUCUCAAGAUCGAAAUAAAAUCCUUUCUACUUUCUAGCUGGAGAAGCCUCUGAAUUAAUUUGGGUAAGGGUCAUCACUGUCCCACACAACUUCUGGUUCCUUGCCCGGGAAAAUUUCCCACCUGGAGGGGGUCGUUCUCACUAAGAUCCUUGGGCAGGUACCCACCGGAGAUUUCUCCGAUGUCCUUGGAUCUCAGUGGGGGGACUUACUCUGGUUGGGUAAAGGAUCCCGAAGAGAGGAACUCGGAGAAAGUAGAAACGAAAGUGAAAGGAGCUCCAACUGUGCUAGCGAAGACCACCGAAUAAAGGAGACUGAAUUUUGCUCACGCAAGUUGUGUGCACAACCCAGGUAAGCAAGAUCCAGUGAGUCCUCUGGGCAAGAUCUGGUGAGCCCCUGGGUGACCUGUUAGGGGAGAGGGGGAGGUCUAAGUGGUUCAAGUCUGUAAAAUUCCCUCUCCCUGGAAAUUUUGGUGAGACUGAGUGAGUCCUUAGACAGGGGCCAAGAACUCUUGAACCAUGGGAAAGGAACAGUCUAAGGUAGCUAGCACGAAAAAUCUUCCCAAUAUCCCGGAGCGUAGUCCUCUAGGGAGCAGACUUAAAGAUUGGGAUGAAUCAUCCAAAUAUAAGGGAAAAGAUAAAAAGAUGAUUAAAUACUGUUGUAUUGCUUGUGGUGGCAUCCCGCUCCGAGGAAACGUACUGGCCAAAAUACAGAUCCUCUGAGGACUGGGUAUGCCACCAGUUAAAUUUACAUGUCAAUUCUAAAACUCCAUUUAAUUCAGAAGAAAGUGAAAACGCGGCUUUAUGGCUGCCCAUGGCGGGACAAUUUGUACUGAUAAAACAGGAGGAGGAGAAGCCGAAAAAGGAAUUAGAAGAACAUAAGCCCCAUCCUUGGGAUUCCCUCCUCUUGUUACCCCCACCGUAUGUCCUUCCACCACCAGCUGUGCCUGCAGUUGCAGGGGGACUGGAAUCUCCUUCUGCCCCACUCUCGCUUGCAGAGGAGGGAACCAAUAGUAACCUGAUUGAUUUCAACCCAUCCACUCCUCACGCCUUCUCAGGAGAGAGCUUAAGCAAUUAGGGAUCAGGAGAAUUUUCCCCUCCCCUCCAAGACCAAGGUUGAAUCCUUUCUCCUAAGAGAGGUCCCGAUAGCACAGGGAGGAUUGGGGUUUGUGAACACCCCUUUGAGCACCUCAGAGUUGAGAGGGUUUAAAAAGGAGAUGAAAUCAUUGUUAGAAGACCCUGUCGGUUUGGCAGAGCAAGUGGAUCAGUUUCUCGGCCCCAGUACUUAAUACCUGACCAGAGUUAAUGUCAAUCAUAGGGAUCCUUUUCACAGGGGAAGAACAAGGACAAAUAAAAAGGGCUGCUAUGAGGGCUUGGGGUGAUGCUCACCCGAUAGCACAAGGAGGACCUAGGGGAGAGCAGAAAUUCCCCCUUCAGGACCCAGGGUAGGAUCAUAACAACGCAGCCCAUAGGGAAAAUAUGAAAGAUUUGAGAACAAUGAUUGUCCAGGGGAUUGGAAAUGCAGUCAGAAUAUGAAUAAAGUGCCUGGGGUCAAGCAAGAAAAGGAUGAGACCCCCUCUGCUUUUCUGACUAGACUUAAGGAGUGUAUAAAGGAAGUUUUCUGGGCUGGGGGAGCAUGACCCCACUGCCCAGAACUUAUUGAGGGUAUACUUCGUUAUCAGUUCUUGGUCAGAUAUUAAUAAGAAGUUACAGAAACAGGACGGGUGUUAGACAAAGCCUGUGGAGGAGUUACUAGAGUUGGCUCAGAAGGUAUAUGUGGCCAGGGCAUUAGAAGAGAAAAGAGAGAGAAAGUUGGUCGAGCCUGUAUUGAAUUACUAAAUUAUCUAGGGAAAGAAGGGCUCCGGGUCUCAAAGGGGAAACUACAAUUUGUGGAAAGAGAGGUUAAAUAUUUGGGACAUUUCAUUAGUGAAGGAAGUAAAAGAUUGAAUCCUGAGUGGGUAGCAGGAAUCCUCCAAAUUGAACCCCCAAAGACUAAGAGUUACGGAAGUUCUUGGAGCUAGUGGGCUAUUGUAGGACUUUGAUAGACUCAUAUGCAAUAUUAACAAAACCCCUGUAUCAACACUUAUUGGAAGAAGAACCUAAUUCUGUCCAGUGGACACCAGAGAGACAACAGAGUUUUUGUCAGUUAAAAGAGGCCCUGGUAUCUCCACCAGUUCUAGCCUUACCUUCUUUAGAAAAACCUUUUCAUCUAUAUGUAAAUACAGGAAGAAGAGUAGCUUUAGGAGUUUUAGCACAAAUAAGAGGAGGGCAGAAAAGACCUGUAGCCUUCCUCUCUAAAGUCCUGGAUCCGGUAACUGGAAGAUGGCCUGUAUGUAUACAAGCUGUAGCUGCGAUGGCUAUCUUAGUAGAAGGAAGUAGAAAACUUACCUUUGGGGGAAGCCUGAUAGUGUACCACACCAAGUUAGAUAUAUCUUAAAUCAAAGGGCCGGGAGGUGGUUAAUAGAUUCCUGGAUCCUGAAGUAUGAUGCCAUAUUACUGGAAAAGGAUGACUUGGUGUUGACCCAAGACUCAAAUCUGAAUCUGGCCUCUUUUCUUACUAGCACAGGAUCAAGGGAAAUAGAUUUGGAACACUGCUGUUUGGAAACAGUGGAUUUUCAGACAAAGAUUCGGGAGGACUUUCAGGAGUCUCCCAUACCUGGAGCCAGAAACCUUUUCAUAGAUGGGGCCUCCCAAGUGGUAGAAGGAAAAAGGAAAAAUGGAUAUGCUAUUAUUGAUGGGGAUCAGCUUGCCUUAGAAGAGGCAGGGGGAUUGCCAAAAGAUUGGUUGACUCAAACUUGUGAUUUGUACGCUUUAAAUCAGACUUUAAAAUUACUAGAAGGAAAAAGUGGGAAUAUUUUUACAGAUUCUAAGUAUGCCUGGGGGGUGGUGCAUGUAUUCGGGAAAAUUUGGGAAGAAAGGGGAAUGGUGAAUAGUAAAGGCGAGGGAUUGGUUCAUUCCACUUUGCUAACAUGCGUAUUAGAGAAUUUGUUGUUACCAGAGGCAGUUGCUGUCAUACAUGUUAAUGGGCAUCAACCUGGCCACACUUUUGAAGCUAAAGGAAAUAGAUUGGCAGAUGAGGAGGCAAAGAGAGCUGGGGAUAAGACAUCUGAGCAAGGUGAUCCAAUGUUAGUUCUAAUCCUUUCUUUCCCUCCGAGUCUACCCCCUCCCUUCUUUUCUAAGGAAGAAGAAGAAGACAAGGCACAAGAGUUGGGGCCCCAAAAGGGAAGCCAAGGGAACUGGUUCCUCCCCGAUGGUUGGGAGGUAUUAAACAAAGCAAGUAUGAGGCAGGUGUUACAACACCUCCACCAAGGCAGUCAUUGGGAUGUCCAGAAUCUGUGUGAUGCAGUUCUAACCUGGUAUGUAUCUCCUGGUCUUUACACCCUGGCGAGGCAAAUAGUGGAGGGAUGUCUUGUGUGUUGAAGGACAAAUAAGUCAGCCCAACGUUGACUUCCCACAGGAGGAAGACCCCCAGGAAUUAGACCUGUCCAAAGCAUCCAGGCUGACUUUACCGAGCUGCCCCCAGUUGGCCGCCUCAAGUACUUACGGGUCACGGCUGACCACCUGACCUCGUGGGUAGAGGCAUACCCCACAACCCAAGCGAGGGCUUCAGCCGUCGGCAAGAUCCUUGUAGAACAAAUUCUUCCUAGAUAUGGGCUAGUGGAGCGGAUAGACCCGAUCAGGGAACUCAUUUCACUUCCAAAGUUCUUCAAUUUUUGGUACAAGCCUUGGAUAUUAACUGGGAGUUUCAUACUCCCUGGCACCCUCCUUCCUCUGGCAAAGUAGAAAGAAUGAACCAAGAAAUUAAGAGACAGCUCACUAAACUAACCUUAGAGACUCAGUUACCUUGGACCCGAUGUCUACCCCUAGCACUCCUUAGAAUCAGAACAAAACCCCAGAGGGAUAUUGGAUUAUCCCCAUAUGACCUUCUUUUUGGACAUCCAUAUCCUGGGGGAAGUGGCAAAGGAGAAAAUUAGGACCCUAUAUUCAAUUGUAAGGAUAGAUUUUUAAGGAAUUAUGUACAUUCUCUGGUGAAGCAUUUAAAUGUGUUACAGCAUAAAGGGCUGAUUGCCCAGACUCCAUCUUUGGGGUUCCCAGUUCACAAACUCCAGCCUGGUGAUUGGGUGCUGAUCUGGACUUGGAAGGAAGAAAAGCUCACCCCAUCUUGGGAAGGACCUUUCCAAGUCCUGCUGACCUCGGACACAGUGGUUCGGACCAAAGAACGCGGCUGGACGCACCACACACGAGUAAAGGGACCGGAAACCCCCCCCUGCUGAAUGGACAGUCGAUUCCACAGACCCAGGGGAAUUGAAGUUACGCCUCCGGCGAAAGCUGCACACUGGUUAGAUUCAUGAGCCCUAAACCCCUACCCUUAUCAAUUAGAAUUCUUAUCCUCUUAAGUGUGGUAAUUCCUCUUCUACUUGUAACCAUAUUGUUGAUUGGAAUUUUUGCUUGUGUUUCUACUUCUUUACAUAAUCACUUUACUUGUAAUCAAAGAGUGUGACACCAUGGGGAUUUCUUUAAUAUUAUUUCUGAUCUGUUCUUUAACCCCCGCACAACUUGCUCUUGUAUCCUGGUCAGCAGAGAAAAAUAUGUUUGAACAAUUGAUGGAAACCAUAGCUCAGAAUUUUAACUUGAUUAACUGUUGGAUUUGUGGUGGACCCCAGAGACUAUCUCAACGGCCAUGGGUCCCUGUUCCUCUGAAACCAGAAUGGUUCCUUAGCAAUAAAUCUGUAGUAAAUAGUGAGACAGGCUUUUGGGAGGAUUGGGAGGAACAUUCCUGGCGGCUUACUGAGGAAAGGAAAGGACUAUUCUGCCUGAAACAAACAGAAGGGAAAAUUGUAUUAGGGGAAAGUCAUUGCAAAUGGACCCUUACAGGAAUUAUGGGAACAGAAACAUAUAAUUGUACUGAGGUCCAACAAGAAUGGAAUAGCAAGGGCACAAAGGACGUGGCAGUCCUCCUAAAAGAUCAUAAAAAGGCUGAACUUUGGAAGCAACCCGAUGCCAGGGGUAGAAGGAAUUCUAGAGGUCCCCUUUAUAAAUUGGGAUUGGACCAAUGAAACUGGGGAAAGGGACUACCUCUCAAAUUAUUGGGAUAAAGUGAACCGGACAGGAGAUCUCAUCACAACAAGCUGUGAAUGGGAGGAGAAUGUAGCCCUGUGGAAAUGUCAGUAUAAGGAUAAGAACUUAGGAGGUGGACCUCUAGGGCCCUAUAAUAUGUACUACUACCCAGCAGUAGGGAAUCAUUCCAAAAUACAUUGGGGGUGGUCGGAGGAGUCAGCACCUAAACUGCCAGCUUUGAGAGGGCACUAUUGGAUUUGCGGCCCCACUGCCUACACUCACCUCCCUUUCGAUUGGGCUGGAGUUUGUUAUAUUGGAUUAGUCCGCCUCAAAUUUUUUUUCCUUCCGGGAAGAGAGGGAGGCCAUUUUGGAGUAAGAUUUUAUAUGAUAGCCUCAGUCAAGAUGGGCUAAGAAGGUCCCUAGAUGCCUCUAUUGCCAGCACAGGCAAUGCAAAUGGGUGGGGCAAUGAAUGGCCCCCAGAAUCAUCCAAACUUAUGGACCAGCUACUUGGGCUCAAGAUGGGAGCUGGGGAUAUAGGACCCCAAUCUAUAGCCUUAACAGACUAAUUAGGCUCCAGGCAGUGGUAGAGAUCAUCACUAAACAGACUGCAGAAGCUCUGGAUCUGUUACCAGAUCAGGCUACCCAAACCAGAGAAGUGGUCCUCCAACACAGAUUAGUUUUAGAUUACCUCUUGGCUGAGGAAGGUGGAGUAUGUGGAAAAUUAAAUCUAUCCACAUGUUGUGUAAAAAUUGAUGAUAAUGGGGCAGUGGUAAAAGGAAUUACUAAAGACAUCAGGAAAUUGGCUCGUGUUCCAGUUCACACUUGGUCCUCUCCCUUUAAUACCUCCUGGUGGUCUUGGUUUGGAAGUAGUUGGUGGAAAUAAAUCUUAUGGUUCCUCCUGAUCGCUAUCAGUGGAAUUAUUUUUCUUCCCAUAUGUCUCCCAUGUAUGAUGCAGUUAAUCACUAAAUUAGCACAGGAUGCAUUGUCUAAGAUGAUUAGAUUAGAAAAGAAAGCUGAAGGGUCAGUUCAACUAAUGAUCCUAAGGAAGCAGGGAUGGACCCCAGUAGAGCAGGAAGACAGGACUGGGCCGGAAGGAUCAGAAGUAAGAGAUGAAAUAGUGGAGGGAAUAAACCAAAACUGGUGUGAGAGGUCUUCAAUGAACAAAUAAGAGGAGGGAUUGAGCGAGAUUGGUGAAGAUCCCUCAUAAAAUUUAAACUUAAAUGAGUAAAAUAAGGUAAAGACCCCUAAUAAUAAUAUAUGUGUACCCAGCAUCUGAAAUGAACAAAAACAAGAUGUACUAAGAGGAUACUUGAAGGAGGGGAAAGGCAGGUACAAACUAUGUAACGAUUCUGUAAUUUCCACUGCUGUUGCUGGGGUAGUUUUUUCGUGUUUAGAUUGUGCCCUCUGAAGCCCAGCCAAUGGGAUAAGAGGUAGGGGGCUAGGGAGGGGUUGCGGUUAGAACCUAUAAAAAUGCUUGCUUGGCUGACACCACCUGCGGUCUUGCAUCGAACUGCCUUUCGGUGUGAGUCGCCCUUUCUUGAGAUCGAAAUAAAAUCCUUUCUACUUUC